ACUUUCAGUUGGUAGCGCUCACUAUGAAAUGUGACCUCGGGGAUGCAGAAUUCUAACAGCAUCCUAAACUUAGUUCUGAUUGGCUUUCAUCACAGGAAGGGGUCUGUUGUUGAGCUAGUCUAUCCCUCACUGUCAUGUGAUAGUUCUGAUCAUACACAUCUCCCUCAUCCAUGGCGUCAUUUGCCUGCUUUAGCAAUAGCCGAUGGAGCCCAUAACUACACAAAAGAUUGCACAUAUUUCAGCCUACCUUCAAUAGAGAAGAAGGGUGACUCUGUUUUUGGAAUUGCUUGUUACCGCCAAGCAGACUCAGCUUCGUAUGUUCAACCUAAUCCUGAGAUCACUCGGAACACUGUACAGAAAAGCUUGGUUGUACUAUCGAGAUUUCCACUUUUUAGUUUCAUCGCCCAUCAUCUUACGACAAUAAUUGAUAAUCUGUUUAAAAGCAAAGGUUUUACUCCAGAAAGUCUCCAGGACUCAUAUGAACAAUUAAGUCAUUUUGUAGAUACUGUUUUAAGUGAUCCAGUUUCUUACCAAGAUGCACUAUUUUAUAAUCUAAGUGCGUCCAAUUUUGUUCGCGUUUACAAACGUGACGCAUUAUGUCUAUUCAAAUUACUUUUAUUGGAAAGACGCAUUUUAUUUACGGGAGAUUCUGGUGGAACUAUAUCAAAUUGGAUGUUAACUUUACUCAGUUUGUAUCCAGAUAUGUUAAGUAGUGGUUUGUCACAGUGCUCCGUUAUUGAUCCCUCAUGGAUUUCAGAAACAAGUUAUUGGCCUAAUGUGAAUGAUUCCAGUUCAAAUAGCUUUAAUUCUUAUCAGUAUUCAUUAGAAGGAUCAUUAACUAAGAUCAGUGGACAAGUGUCAGAACAGAAUACAGAUUCAACUCUAAAUAAAGAAGAAAACGUUCAGCUUACUUCAAAUGUUGAUUCCAAGAACUCAGCCAAUAAUAUUGAUCCACAAAGAACUCAUAUAAUAACUGUAUCUAACACAUUACAUACGGAAUCCAAACAAUCUGUAAUAAAUGAAUCAUAUAAAAAAUAUCAAACCAACAAUUUUCUGGAGAAAAUAACUGACGAUUCAAUAUUCAAACUUUCGUUAAAUUCACCAUUUCCUACUGAUGAUUGGGGAUUUCCUUUAUCUGUAUUUACGAAAUCUUAUUUAGCGCCUAUGUACAUUCCCCUUGGUUUAAUGGAUAUACUACUAGAACAUUCUAGUCUUCCUAUGUCAUUCAGAUCAAGUAUUAAUUUACCAUCAUCUGGAAAUCAGAGUCUGACUUUGACCGAUCGAUCAGUACGUGGUUUUGUAGCUGGUGCAACCAAUCCCUUAUUACAAUCAAACAAACAACUAACUGAGGUUUUUGUGUCAUCCUUAUCGCCUGUUAAGGAUAUUUGUGAAAACUACUUCCCGCAUUUGUCUGAACUAACCGGUGCAUUUGGAAAAUCGACCUUUGGAAUAGAAACAAAUUCUAUGUCGAGUCUUUCACUGUCUGAAAAUUUUACGAAAACUUCUUAUUCCAUUAAUGUCGAUAGUGAAAAGAAUACACAAAACACGGGAUCCAAAGUUUCAAAUUUUUCACGACCAUUUUCUUUGCCCAAAAGAUCACAACCAAUCAUUCAAAUAAAUUCAGAAAACAUUACUGAUAAGUAUCCUGUCAACUCACGCUCUAUGCCUGUUCCACUGAACCGUGCAUUGCAACUAAGUCGUACUGAUAGAUUGUUUAUUGAUCAUUUGGUAAUGACUGUCAAUACAUGGUACAGUGCACAAAUAGACUAUUGUCAACAAUUGUCUUACAAAAAAGGUGAAUUGGUAACAUCCCAUAGCUUUCAUAGAUUAGACCAAUUGGAUACAGAAACUUUGGAACAGCUCACAUUAAUCCAAAAAACAGCCUUAUUAAGAUUUCCAUCUCAAACUAUUUUAGAUGCUUGGAUACGACAACAGUUUUUAAUUUAUUUGAGAGCAUUAUUAUUAUCUGCUCAAGGUUACAAUUCCAAUGCAUCAGACUUUCAGUCCGCCUAUUUAACUUGUUUUCGUUUAACAAGAAAUUUUUUAAUUUGGCGUUACCAAUUUAUUCCAAGUCAAUUGUUUACUGUUUCUAAACCAGAACAAAUUCAUCAUAAUACUUCUGACACUAAAUUAAUCAACAAAUCAAUAGAUGAUAAUGUGGAAAUUUUAAAAACAGCUGAAGAUUCAUAUAAUUCACAGUUGCAGGACUCAUGUACAACUUCACCAAACUCUGUUGCUGCUGUAGUCUCGCAACAUCCUGGACGUAAACUUGCAGAACCUGAUGAUUGGAAUCAAAUUGCUGAUAGUUUUAAAAAGUUUGUCUGCCCUAUAUCUAACAUUUAAACAUUUUAUCAAAUGAAAUUUUAAUGCUGAUAUGCGUUUUAGAGGUCAUUCAGCAAUAUUUUCGAAUAGUGUGCAUAUAUUUAACACUAUUAUGGAAAUCUGAUUAUAGUUAAAAUUAACUCAAAUUUAAUUUUGAUCAAUUCAAAUCCCUAACUUUAGUUCUUGAUAGUAUUCUUUGAUAUAACACUUCCAUAUGAAUUAUAAACGAUAGUGAAAAAAGGACUAACAAAACAAGUAAUGUCACAUUCUGUGGUCGUCCAUUCAAAUAAAAAGAUACGCGCUUCCUAUACUUCAGUUCAAUCUUUUGUGGGAGUGAGUAGAAUAGAAAUCGGCAAAUGAACAAAAAUGCAUGCAGAUCAUUAAUAUGCGGAUAUAUAUAUAUAUCAUAUCAGGCGCGCUUGGCCUUGAGAUGGCAUAUGAACACAAGCGCAUGGUAUGUUUAAUCUUGCUCAGUCUAUUCUAUUACCUCUCCCUCCUGGAAAGUAGACCUUCCCCCCUGCGGUUCAGCUGCUUGAGUUAAGGUGAGAAUACUUCAAUUAGGCAAGUUGUCAUCUUUUUCAGACUUAUAUUACAAAGAGAAAUUUAUGAACAUAUAAUUUAUGAACACUUAGUGUACAGAACAUGUCUUUGCGACUCAUUUUAAAAUAACUUGGAUUAUCCCGUUGUUAAUAGUUUGACUGAAAUUUGAUCAACUUUGUUUCGCAUUUGAGGAUCCUGUGCGGACUACCUCAAUUUAGCCAUUAUGACCCAUGUUAAUAUAGAAUAGUUGUAAUGUGAGUUCCAUCCCUAGCUACAUUCCAUUUAUUGUAUAUUAACGUGUCUUUGUAUUUUAACCCUUUAUUACCUCAAUUCGUGAAGUAGAUUGGUAUAUAUGAAAUACACCAAAUAGUUUUAUUUCACUAUUGUUUUCACAUUUGAUUGCCUUGGAUUUAUAGAUGACUUCAUUUGUCGUAAGUAGUUAUAUUACUUAUAUUUAGUUAAUGAACCGUGGAAAUUUCGCAUCAAUGAGCUUACUGAAACUACAGACAAAAGUAAGCCGCUGUUUAUUUCUCUCUAUUUUCUAAUGCUUCUACAAUUAAUGUCAGUACGUAAUGGAUACCGUCUUUCGAACGAACUAAUCUCCAUAAUAUUCGUACUCAAAUUGAUAGUAAAUAACUAACUACUUGAUACACAAGCAUUGAAACUCUUCAGUUCAACGAAACAAUUUGCCUACCAUUCGGUAUUAUCUUUUCGAGAAUCCGAAAUGGGUUAAAAAGUUUUUUUAUCACUUUCUUAGCUGAAACUUCACAUAACCUCAAAUUAUAAAAUAUAUUUGUAAAUUCAUUUCAAUUUCUCAUUACAUAGGUUGAGCAACAUGGCUGCUGAUCAAGGUCGCAGACUUGUCAGUCAAAGUGUUGCUGGUCUUGUGAAAUUUGGCAGUGAUUUCAACUCGACAUUUCGUCCAUCUUCGCCAUCAAGUUUUGUUUGGAAAUUCUCAGAUGCUCUUAAAUCAGUUGUUUCAAAUCCCAUAUCAAUUAGUUCUCCAAUUCUACCACUUGAAACCACAGGUACCAAAGGCGAAUCAAUUUCUCCACAAAUCAAUGUUCCGAAAACUCAGAUACCAAAUAAUAAAAAUUACUUUUAAUGAUCAAUGUUGUCCACUGUUUUAGCUGUGAUAUUUAUUGUGAUAUAUUUUACUUCACAAUGAAAUCCUUCUUUUAAUCAUAUUUUAUAUCAAGCUUUAUCAAUCUCAUGUUUUAUUAUUCCCCAUUUUUAUGCAUCGUUUUAUUCUUGUGGUCGUAAAUGCAUUUGUAUGAACGCAAUCUGAUUCCUUUACGUCCAGAGUUUUGUUGUACUGAUGUUAUAUUUCGCGAUAAACAUUUGUGUAAUAUAAUAAUAAUAAUAACUUCUCAAAAACCGUAAGUUACUUGAAACACGGGAAUUUACAGACAAGAUCAAGUUAUUACAAAUGUUGCGUUAUUUAUUACGUUACACUUGUUUAUCUAUCUAUGGUAGGUUAUAACUUGAAUGCAGAAGCAGGAUAACAAAAUGUUUAUGCAUAAACAGAUGGUUGUUGAAUUAAAACUGGGUUGUACACUGUGGAAGAUGGCGUGUCAUAUGGAUGCUGUUUUACAUCUUCUGAAGGUUGCAGCGUGGAGUGAUUGACUAUUUCGAACACGUCUUUGUCAGCUAAAGGCGGUCUCUAAUCGUUGUAUUUGUAUAUUUGGUCCCGUUUUGUUAGGAAUAAUCGUAAUGCUUAUUUAUCAUUCGUCUUCGUGUCUGGUAGACCGUUUUGUGCUAAUGAAACCAACAUUGUUAUGUGAAAUUAUUAUUGCUUGAUAAAAUUAUUGUUUGUUACCGAGUGAGCAUUUGUCUAUACAAAAGACAGCUAUUUUUUGUCGUUUUUCAUUUAUUC